AUGGAGAAAUUAACCACCAAAAAAGCACAGGCUUCCUUGGGCACCCUGGGAAUUCUCUGGGCAGCCCUCAGAACCAGUGCUAGAAAUGGGAAGCUUUUGGUCUCAAUCAUGGUCUAUGUUUCCAUUUCUUUCUCUGUAUUGGCAUUUUUUGGCCAUCUUGCAUUGACACCCAUAGUUACAGAUUUAUCUUCUAAGUUGGCAAUUCUGGAGACGAACCGUAUGAUUUCCUCGGUUGCUACAAUUUCCUCAUCUUAUGAAGCCUACACUGCAAAAGUUCUAACACUUGAAGACAUGUUUCUAAAGAUUGGAAGAAGAUGGACAAGGCCAGUAAUCACUAGCUUUUACGCAACUUUAAUCAGUUUGUCGAUCAUAAUUCUUUUCUUGAUCUUUAUUGGGGUAUUUUCAGCAAUCACGAAUGGUUUUUUAUUGAUUCUUCUUAAUAUUGUGGUGGCAAUUUUAGGGGCAGUUUGUGAUGUUUAUGUGGCUGCUGUUUUUUUAUUGAGUGUAGUGGUUUCGAUUGUGGAGAACGAUUCGGGUGGCCUAAAAGCCAUUGACAGAGCUACAGAGAUCAUGAAAGGGAAAAAGCUUCAGGGUUGUGUACUGAUGCUUCUUUUUGUUUUUGCUAGUGGCACAGUCUAUGUAAUUUCUUUGGUCCAGAUGGGAAAGAGACAAAGUAGAUUGGAUGAGGCUGGCCAUCAGGGUCACCAGGAUUUGGGCGCUUUGCCUGGCGAAAAUCUCCAUGUUUGUGGUGUUCACAGUCUUCUACCAUGA